AAGAAGAGAGUUCCCUCCAUACAUUCCAUAAAAAGUCAUGGCGGGAAUUCAAUUAUUUCAGCCACUCCCGCCAAGAGGUUCCAGAACCUUCCACUAUAUAAACCCUUUCCCUCCCCUUUUCUUCCCUCUCAUUUAUAUUUUCUGAGAAAAUCGAACCUUCAAAACCCUAACCCUAAGGAAGUGUUACCAAGUCUUCGAUCGAUAUGUUGGAACUUCGUCUGGUCCAAGGUUCUCUCCUGAAGAAGGUGUUGGAGGCCAUCAAGGAGCUCGUGAACGAUGCGAACUUCGAUUGCUCCGCCACUGGUUUCUCUCUCCAAGCCAUGGACUCCAGUCACGUAGCACUGGUGGCUCUGCUUCUCCGGUCGGAGGGAUUCGAGCAUUACCGCUGUGACCGCAACAUCUCCAUGGGCAUGAACCUCAACAACAUGGCCAAGAUGCUGAAAUGCGCCGGAAACGAUGACAUCAUCACCAUCAAGGCCGAUGACGGCAGCGACACCGUCACCUUCAUGUUCGAAAGUCCAACGCAAGACAAGAUUUCUGAUUUUGAGAUGAAGCUGAUGGACAUCGAUAGUGAACACCUUGGAAUUCCAGAGGCAGAAUACCAUUCUAUUGUUAGGAUGCCAUCUUCUGAGUUUGCUAGGAUCUGCAAGGAUCUCAGUAGUAUUGGUGACACUGUUGUCAUUUCGGUUACUAAGGAGGGUGUAAAGUUCUCCACCAAAGGAGAUAUUGGAACUGCGAAUAUAGUCUGUAGGCAGAAUACUACUGUGGACAAGCCUGAAGAAGCCACUGUCAUAGAGAUGCAUGAGCCUGUGUCUUUGACAUUUGCACUGCGAUAUAUGAACUCUUUUACGAAGGCAACACCUUUGUCUAACAUAGUUACCAUUAGUCUGUCAAAUGAGCUGCCAGUUGUGGUUGAGUACAAGAUUGCCGAGAUGGGUUAUGUGCGGUUCUAUUUGGCUCCCAAGAUAGAAGAGGAUGAAGAAGAAACUAAACCCGAAGCUUAGCCUGUUUAGUUGUUGGAUUAGUAUAUUACGUUUUGUAAUUCGUUUGAAGUUGUAGGAUGCCUUUAUACAUCUAUUGAAGAUAUUUUACUUGGGCAAAAGAAUUGGGAAUCUAUGAAUGCUAUUGGCUCCUUGCCACCUCAUUUUCCACCAUUUUAUUGUUCUU